GGACCUGGGUUGCAGUUCUCAACGAUGGGCAAGAGGGACCUUGACGGCGACCCCUAAAACAAUACCAUGCCCCGGGAGCCCCGCUUCUACCGCGUCAGCUUCUUCCCUCUCCACCUCCCCGACCCAGUCGGAUUCGGAUGAGCGCUCGCGGAGGAGACUCGGCCGCCAGAUUGCAGAUUGUGUUUAAGGUAUCUGUAGACCGAUCAGUGUGGGCUUGAUCUACCACAGAAGCAGCAAGUUCAGUCUCCUCCACUGCGCUUGGUUGGGCACUGCUGAUAAACUCGACAUCACCUGUUGCCUGUGCGGAAAAUUCCCAGUAUUGAAUUUUUGUUGUUGUUGUGCACGAAGGAGACCAGCAAAGACGGUAACACAGACUGAUCAGACCAGAGAUAUCAGGAAGAUUCUAUUAAUUUCUUCUUUCUUUUUUUUUCUUUUUCUUUUUUUUUUUUUUGUUUUUACUGUGCCCUCAGGACAUUUCCUAGAGUUCUGGACUUUUAACCAAACCCUGCCCAGUCGUUUUGAUUUUGCUAUUUUGUUUUAGUACUUUUUUUUUUUUUUUUUAAGAUUUUCCCCCAACACAUUGUAUUUUAUUUCUGCACAUCAGAAAUGGGCCUACAGACCACCAAGUGGCCCAGCCAUGGGGCUUUUCCCCUGAAAUCUUGGCUUCUCGUUUUCCUGGGGCUCUGCUCACAAGCAUCACAACUCCUGGCCUGCCCUAGCGUGUGCCGCUGCGACAGGAACUUUGUCUACUGUAAUGAGCGAAGCUUGACCUCAGUGCCUCUUGGGAUCCCGGAGGGCGUCACCGUACUCUACCUCCACAACAACCAAAUUAACAACGCUGGAUUUCCUGCCGGGCUGCACCAUGUGCAGUCAGUGCACACAGUCUACCUGUACGGCAACCAACUGGACGAGUUCCCCAUGAACCUUCCCAAGAACGUCAGAGUGCUCCACCUGCAGGAAAACAACAUUCAGACCAUUUCCCGGGCGGCUCUCGCCCAGCUCCUGAAGCUCGAAGAGCUCCACCUGGAUGAUAACUCCAUCUCCACGGUGGGGGUGGAGGAUGGGGCCUUCCGCGAGGCCAUCAGCCUCAAACUGUUGUUCUUGUCCAAGAACCACCUGAGCAGCGUGCCCGUGGGGCUGCCCGUGGACCUGCAGGAGCUGAGGGUGGACGAGAACCGCAUCGCCGUCAUCUCCGACAUGGCCUUCCAGAACCUCACAAGCCUGGAGCGCCUGAUCGUGGACGGGAACCUCCUGACCAACAAGGGCAUUGCCGAGGGCACCUUCAGUCAUCUCACCAAGCUCAAGGAAUUCUCCAUCGUGCGCAACUCCCUCUCCCGGCCGCCUCCGGACCUGCCGGGCACGCAUCUGAUCAGGCUGUAUCUGCAGGACAACCAGAUCAAUCACAUCCCCCUGACUGCCUUCUCCAACCUCCGGAAGCUGGAACGCCUGGAUAUCUCCAACAACCAACUCCGAAUGUUGACCCAGGGGGUCUUCGAUAACCUCUCCAACCUGAAGCAGCUCACUGCAAGGAAUAACCCUUGGUUUUGUGACUGCAGUAUUAAGUGGGUCACCGAAUGGCUCAAAUACAUCCCUUCCUCUCUCAACGUGCGGGGUUUCAUGUGCCAAGGCCCCGAGCAAGUUCGAGGGAUGGCCGUCAGGGAGUUGAAUAUGAAUCUUCUGUCCUGCCCUGCCACCACCCCGGGGCUGCCUCUCUUCACCCCAGCCCCAACUACUCUCCUGCCAACAACGCAGCCUCCCACGCUUUCUGCUCCAACCCCCAGUAGAGGACAUACCCCUCCAGCUCCCACCACAUCGAAACCCCCCACCAUUCCUGAUUGGGAUGGCCGAGAAAGAGCGACUCCACCCAUCUCGGAACGGAUCCAGCUCUCCAUCCAUUUCGUAAAUGACACUUCCAUUCAAGUUAGCUGGCUCUCGCUCUUUACUGUGAUGGCGUACAAACUCACCUGGGUGAAGAUGGGUCACAGUCUGGUAGGGGGCAUUGUCCAGGAGCGCAUUGUGAGUGGUGAGAAGCAACAUUUGAGCCUGGUGAAUUUAGAGCCCAGAUCCACCUAUCGGAUUUGCUUAGUGCCCCUGGAUGCGUUUAACUUCCGCACCGUGGAAGACACUAUCUGCUCCGAGGCCACCACCCUGGCCUCCUACUUGAACAAUGGCAGCAACACCGCAUCCAGCCACGAGCAGACGACUUCUCACAGCAUGAGCUCCCCUUUUCUGCUGGCCGGCUUGAUUGGGGGCGCCGUGAUAUUUGUGCUCGUGGUCUUGCUCAGUGUCUUUUGCUGGCACAUGCACAAAAAGGGGCGCUACACCUCCCAGAAGUGGAAAUACAACCGGGGUCGGCGGAAAGAUGACUACUGUGAGGCCGGCACCAAGAAGGACAACUCCAUCCUGGAGAUGACAGAGACCAGUUUUCAGAUCGUCUCCUUAAACAACGAUCAGCUCCUUAAAGGAGAUUUCAGACUGCAGCCCAUUUACACCCCAAAUGGGGGCAUUAAUUACACAGACUGUCAUAUCCCCAACAACAUGAGAUACUGCAACAGCAGCGUGCCAGACCUGGAGCACUGCCAUACAUAACAAUCCAGAGGCCCAGAGUCAGACUGGCAGACAACCAAACUCUGGGGAACACACAAGUGCGUGCACAUACAAGACACGCAAAUUACAUUUGAUAAAUGUUACCCAGAUGCAUUUGUGCAUUUGAAUACUCUGUAAUUUAUACGGUGUACUAUAUAAUGGGAUUUAAAAGAAAAAAAAGUGCUAUCUUUUCUAUUUCAAGUUAAUUACAAACAGUUUUGUAACUCUUUGCUUUUUAAAUCUUAAAAAAAAAAAUCGUUGCUGAAGUACUGUACAGGGUUGUACAAUGAGAACCCAAGGCCAAGGCAGAAGAGUGAGUAAUUCUUCCUGACGAUGCACACCAAACACUUUGCUGUUUGGAGCAGUCAGAAUGAAUUCCCUUCAUAGAUCUGAUGGUCAGAUGAAAGGUGAGGUUCGAAUGGACUCAUCAGGGUUCAGGGAAUAAUGUAGCUAAAGCAAGGACUAGCCCAGGUAUUUUCAUGCUAUUUCUCUAUCUCUUGGGCUAAAAGAAAAGUGAAUAGGUCCAUAUUACAAGACUGGAGGGGAGUUACUCUGACUUGACCCAAGGCAGGAAUGGCAGAGAGCAUCAUGAGGAAGUGAGUUCCCAGGAGAUGUUAACCCACCUUGACAGAAUCAAGAAAUUUGAGAGGAGAUUUGAAAAAUACCUGCAACCCUAAGGGUUUACUUUCUGACUGGAAACUUCAAAAUCACUCUUCUUGCUUCCUUGGUCCCAUGUGAUAACAGUCCUGAGUCUGAUUCAAUCAUCAGACAACCAGUAUAGAAUUAGUCUUAGAGAGAAGACUCCCUUAAAAAGUGUCACUAAUUCAAAUCGUAUGUCAGGUGGAACCACAUUCAACAGAGAUAUAUUCUAGAAUAAUUUUUUAGAAGAGGCUAAUAAAAUAAUGGGAAGAACUAUAUUGAAUGGAAUUAUUUUUGAUAAUAAGAAUUAUUUGGGUAGUUUCACUGAGGCUAUAUCAACAUGAUAUUUAGAACAACAAGGGAACACUAUUUGGAAUAUAUCACAGUGUUUAUUUAAAAGAAGGCCUGAUAUUAUUUAGAUACAAAAAUAACCAGUCAGUAGUUCUGUUGUACUAGGUCAACUGACUUUGUGAAUAUCAUGUUGAAAUAGCUUGAAUUAAUACUUGUAUCCCCUCCCAAAUUCUUGUCUUCCAAUCAUCUUUCAUGUAUUUUUGUAAUUAAGUUAUAUAUGCCAACUUUGUUUUCUCCCUCUGCUCAGUGUUUCAAAGGAAGAUAUGGAUGCAAGUUUUGGUUGCACAAAAUAUCCAUAUAAUUUCUCAUUCUUGAGGAUGAUGUUAGGGAUGUAUCAAAGCUGGCCAUAAGAAAAUGCAAAAAUUAAUUUAAAGCAAUACUAAGUUUCCACCUUGGACUGAAUUUGAUCCUCUUCCACAUUUGAAAUUUCAUUUGUUCCUUUUCAAUUGUGGAUGUUCCUCUAAUUUGGGAAUUGUGGAGAGAAAUUGGACCAUCAAGGAAAAGUGAAUAAGUCAGAUUAUGGAGUUUCCCUAAUUUUGACAGAGCAAAUUAAUAGCAGAGGACAUAGAAAAAAAGAGGGAUAUCUGUGCUUAAUUCUAGAUAUUUUUGAAGCAAGUGCAUCUUCAGAAAAGACAUAUAAUUUACUCUAAUCCUUGCCAUCUCUUAGAUGUAGAAGGGCUAUAGAUCACAUACAUUUUCUAAGAAACUAAAACAAUAAAAACCCCACACGGUUGGAAAACUAUUUUCAAAGUCUUCGUUAGGCAUUUCACUCUGUGCUGUGUAUUUCCUUUAUGGGCUGACCAUUAUUUUAGAGACACAUGAAGUGUCACGAUUCUUUUGCUUUCUCUCUCUUUAAACAAAAUAAAACUGUGAUGUGUCUUCUUUUUUUUAAAGUUUAGGUAUAAAAUGCUAUGCAAGUUUUCCCUUAUAGUAAGAGCUUUAUUUUCUUUAAUAAUAGACCCCAAGUUAUAUGUUUUAAUCUCCCUCAUCCCUCAGAGCAAGCAGAAGAAGCUAUAAAUACAGUAGACACAAGAACUGAAAAGGUGCAGUCAGUAGAGCUGAACUUAGCUAUGAAUUAAUUUAAUUCUAAAGUGACUUUGAUUUUCAUUAUAGUCUGUUAGCUGGGGGUGGGGGUGGGAUUAGGCUGUUUUUUUUUUAUGCCACAUAGGCAUAGUAAAGGGAAUAAGACAAUCUCAGAAGGAGUUCUAUCAGCAAGCCAUCUAAAAAUCGAUGACAUGGGGGUACCUAGCUGAAUAAUGCCCUUUCUCUCUCCUCUUCCCCUUGGCUGUGUAGAUAAAACUGUGUUGAAAUGAUGGUACUUUGGAUUCUGAGGUAUUUUUAUUUCUGUUAUACACAAAAUAAUCAUUCUCAUUUAUUUGUAUUGUGCUUUUUUUUUAAAAAAAAAAAAAAACUCCCAGUGGGAUUUCUGGCUGCUGAAACUUCUUUGCUUUGUUCCAGGAAGUGUAAGAACGGAGACGUUCCCAGAAUAGCAUGUGACAUUCACAGAAGGAUAGAGGUUUCAGUGGCACAAUGGAGAAACAGUCCCGUGAAAUGAUUAGGGUGUGCUGAAGGCAUUCUUCUGUCAGAAAGAGCUUCUGUCAGAAAGAGAUAGGCUUUAUUUUGAUUUCAUGCACAAAUGCGAUGGAGACAUCUACAAUUACAAUCAGUCUCCCGUUUGUAGUAACUAACCUGGGGUUCUUGCCUUCCUCGGGAGAGAAAGCACGUAGUGGGAUCUGUAGUGUCAAAGGCAUACCUUGGAAAUUGCUGAACCAAGAUCUCUGUUGGAUUAUGCUUUGACCGGCAUUUUUAGUCACGACAGUGGUUUACAAUGCCUCCACUGCAUAGUGGGGCCUCUCUUGCCAAAAACAUAAUACAUAUCAAGGUGGUUAGUCAAGAGUCAGGGCUGCAUGUUCAGGCCAACACCACUGGGAAAAGCCCAUGUUCACUGGCCUAUAAGAAGCUUCACACUGACCAGGUGAAAUGAUCUCAGAUAGCACCCAAGCCAAUCACAGCACAGGAGCUGUCAGUGUAAGGGGAACAUUUCAGAAGGGAAAGGCAUAGCCACCAUCACACAGAUAGUAACAAUAGGUGAUUCUUACCAAGAGUAGUCCAUAAUACUACCUUUUUUUUGAAACCUGUGUUUGAUCAUGGAGAGCCCUAGGCUUUUCUCAAACACUGAGGACAGUCACAGGCAGAAAUGAGAAGAUUUCCCUGCAUCUUUUCUUUGUGCAACAAGGGGAAAACAUCCUCCUUUGUGAGAAAUCAUGCAAUUUAUAAGUCUCCAGGUGGUAUGGAGACUAUAUUAGACAUUUUCCCCUGACGUUAUAAACAAAAAUAUAAUGUGACCAGUCCAGUUUAAAAAAAUGUAUUAAGUAACUACUACUAUCGCACCACUUCCUAUUAGCGUGGACCAUAUGGUCUUUGUCAUUUCACACAAGUCAGCACUUCCUUCUCUGCUGGGGAAGACAAGUUGUUCAUGUUGGGAGCAAAAGCAUUUAUUCAAAUCACCAACUUUGUCGUCCUGUAGAGCAAGUAGCAGCCAUCGCAUCCACUGAAGCUUUUGAGAGUCAAGAGGUGAAUUCCCAUUGAUAUCUCUGUUUAUGGCAAUUUUUCUUUUUGGUAACCUAUAACAAGAAGACGUGAUAGUUUACUUUAGAACAUAGAAACAACACAUUCACCCAUAACUUUUUUAGAUGCACGAUAAAAAUAAAGCAGAAAAGAGUACCCAAAAGAGGAAAAAUACACACACAAAACAAUACCCAGUUUCCUGGUCUUGUCAAAGCCUGCCUGAUGCUCUUUUCUUAAGUCAAAAUGCUAAUAAUAGGAAGCAAUUGCUUCCAUCUUUCUAUGUUAUCUUUGUGGGGUUGAAUGACAAUCACUAGGAAUGGAGGUUACUAAUUGUGGGGACAAUGAUUUGUACACAUAGGACAGUUUGAACUUUCGUUAUUGCUGUUGUUGUUUGGUUUUAUAGCUACACACUCCACCAGAAAGAGCACAAACAAAGCCAGUGCAACAGCAUUGUUUUUAAUUCAUAGAAAACAUGUACAUGUGUGCAUACGCAGGUAGAUGAGAUGUUUGUAAAGAUUUUGUGAGAUGAAAAAUUUAUGAUUGGGUUAAUCUCCUAGGCUUUCCCAGCACCUUAAUUGAGGCAAUAGAAGUAAUCCCCACUGAGUGUUCCCUGCAGGACUGAUAGAUAUAUUCAUGGAAAAUUCAUUCUGAUGAUUUGUCAUGGCUUGGAGCCUAUUGAUUUGCUUCUGGGCUGUGUGCAGUGUUUUCUCUCCAACAAGGGGCUACAAAAAGGCUGGAAGAUUGUGCACCACACAUUCUCUGAGACAUCCCACGUUGCACACUUUGUUAACUUCAGACUUCACUCUACACUAUACAGUACCUUGUUGAUAUAUUCAGUAAAGGCUUAUUUUAAAAGAAAACCA